AUAACCUCCAUAAAUUUUUCUUUGUUUACAAACAGUAUAUGUAGGAAAAUAUUUAUUAACUGCAUUAAUACUUUGAAAAUAAACAAUUUAUGUGACUUCCACACAAUGGGGGAACCAUCAGUAAAACGAUACAGAAAGAGUGAAACUGAAGAAAAAGAGUCAGAUUCGGACGACGGUUAUGUUCCAUAUGUCCCAAUCAAAGAAAGAAAGAAACAGAAGUUAAUGAAAUUGGGUCGAAUAGGUCAGCUAAAAGAAGCAGAACAGAAGGCAAAGUCAUCAAGUGAAAAUGAAACCAAUGAUGAUGAGGAUGAAGAUGAAUUGUGGGGUCGCAAGAACAAUAUUUCCCUCCUGGAUCAACAUACAGAGCUUAAAAAGCUAGCUGAAGCUAAAAAGGUGAGUGCUGUAGAAAGACAGUUAAAGAAAGAGGAGGAAAUAUUGGAAAUUGUGGCAGAGAAAAAAGCUUUAAUGGGUGUGUCUGAACUGGCAAAGGGCAUCCAAUACAGUGACCCAAUAAAAACAAGUUGGACACCACCAAGGUACAUUUUACAAAUGCCCCAGUCAAGACAUGACAAAUUAAGAACAGACCUGAGGAUAUUGGUGGAAGGCGACGAAAUUCCACCGCCCUUAAGAACGUUUAAGGAGAUGAAACUCCAUGAAGGAAUCAUCAGUGCUUUAAAGGAAAAGCACAUUAAAAAACCCACACCUAUACAAAUCCAAGGCAUUCCUACUGUUUUGUCAGGGAGGGAUAUGAUAGGAAUCGCGUUCACGGGCUCUGGGAAAACGCUUGUGUUCGUGCUACCUUUGGUAAUGUUCUGUCUGGAGCAGGAAGUGAAAAAGCCUUUUAUCAAGAAUGAAGGACCAUAUGGAUUAAUAAUCUGUCCGUCCCGGGAACUGGCCAAACAAACCUUCGACAUCAUCCUGCACUUCUGCAACAGCUUAAAGAAACACAACAUGCCCGAGAUUCGCAGUUGCUUAGCCAUUGGUGGCGUGCCAGUUACGGAGGCGAUAGAAACCAUUCAAAGGGGCGUGCACAUCAUGGUGGCCACACCAGGAAGACUGAUGGACAUGUUGGAGAAAAAGAUUGUGAAAUUAUCGGUGUGUCGUUACUUAUGCAUGGACGAGGCCGACAGGAUGAUUGACUUGGGCUUCGAAGAGGACGUGAGGACCAUUUUCUCAUACUUUAACGGUCAAAGACAGACGUUGUUGUUCUCGGCGACGAUGCCCAAGAAGAUUCAAAACUUCGCCAGAUCGGCCCUGGUGAAGCCGGUUACGAUUAACGUCGGAAGAGCUGGCGCCGCCUCCAUGAACGUUAUUCAAGAAGUCGAAUACGUGAAACAGGAGGCUAAAAUCGUCUAUCUGCUGGAGUGCCUGCAAAAGACUGCUCCGCCAGUUCUCAUUUUUGCUGAGAAAAAGCAGGACGUGGACGCGAUCCACGAGUAUCUGCUGCUGAAGGGAGUCGAAGCUGUGGCGAUUCAUGGAGGAAAAGAUCAGGAGGAGCGUUCUAGGUCAGUGGAGGCGUUUCGAAAACAGGAGAAAGAUGUACUAGUGGCUACAGACGUGGCUUCCAAAGGUUUAGAUUUUGCCGAUGUUCAGCAUGUCAUAAACUAUGAUAUGCCCGACGACGUAGAGAAUUAUGUUCACAGGAUUGGUCGUACUGGACGAUCGGCUAAACGAGGCUUGGCAACAACAUUCAUCAAUAAAUCAAAUGACGAAUCAGUUUUGUUGGAUCUGAAACACUUACUCAUGGAAGCCAAGCAAAAAGUACCCACAUUCUUGGCAGAAUUAUGUUCAGAGAACGAAAAAUACUUGGAACUUGGAGACGAAAGAGGUUGCAGUUAUUGUGGUGGUUUGGGUCACAGAAUUACGGAUUGUCCAAAGCUGGAAGCGUUGCAGAACAAACAGGCUUCAAAUAUUGGAAGGAGAGACUAUUUGGCUAAUACUGCAGCUGACUAUUAAAUGUAUUUUAAAUAUUUUUAAUUAUAAUAAAAAAUAUAAAUAAAUUUGAUUAACA